GUAAACACUUAAGUAAAAACUGGAAGAGGGUCUUUGUAGGUCCUCUACUGUUCAGUUUAUUUUGGAAGGCUUGUGGAGCCACAUCUAAGUUCACUUUUAAGAAGGCAAUGGAAGCUUUGGACAAAGUAAAUCCUAACACAAGAGUAUGGCUUUCAAAGUUAGGAGAUCAAAGUAGGUGGACAAAGUGGCAAUUCAACCCUGAUAUUAAAAGUGAUGUUAAUAAGACAAACUUCGUGGAAAGCUUUAAUGCUACACUUGGCAUAGAUAGAUGCAGGCCUGUGUUGACACUUCUAGAAGGUAUAAGAAGAGUAACAAUGGUCAGGCUAGCAUCCAGAAGGCAGAUUUGUGAGGGCUGGGAAAACACUGACAUAUGUCCCAAUAUUGUCAAGAGGGUCCAAACCCUAUGCCAAGAUUCAAGGACUUGCAUAGCUUAUUUCUCUGGUCAAGGAGAGUUUGAAGUACAUGAUGGGAGGUCAGUUCUGCCAGUGAGCUUGAUUAACAGAACUUGUGCUUGUAAUUUGUGGCAAAUAAGUGGAAUACCAUGUAAACAUGGUAUAAGGGUCAUUUUACAUGCCAAAGAGGAUCCUCACAAGUAUGUAAGCAGUUGGUAUAGUGUGGAGGUGUACAAGAGAGCCUACUCAUCCAAUAUAAAGUCAAUAGCUGACCCUGAACAGUGGCCAGGCCAGAGCCUGAGAAUGUGCUACCUGAGAUUGCACCCCUAGUGAUGAAAAGAGGGGCAGGAAGACCAUGCAGAAAUUGGAGAAGGGAGGAGGAUGAGCAGCAAAAGGGGAAGAGGUCCAAGACCAUUAGGUGUGGCAAUUGUAAAGAGUUUGGGCAUAACUCUCUAACUUGUAAGGGGGGUGCAACAGCAAAACAAAAGAAGCAACAAGACAAUAUAGCAACCACAUAUUCACAACCAGUGCUUCAGGUCCAACCAAGAAGAAGUGCAAGACUGACCAUGUCACAACCUGUUUAGUUUAUAAAUUUGUUUUAGGGGGGGUGAAUUCUAAUUAGUA